ACCAUAGUAUCAGCUAACUCGUUUCAAGAAACAUCGAUAUGGCGCACCCUGUCAUCUUCAUCUUUGUUGUCUGCAUGUACGUGUGCGUCGUGCAUGCUGCUCAAUGUCCGGACCAGACUGAUGCGUGGACGCUUCUGCAACGUCGACAAUCCAAAAGAUAUGUUCUUGUGAAGGCCACGUCAGUAAACAUGGGUGAAUGUAGUUAUUUGAAACCCGGCGAGGUUGAUCAAGCAACCAAAAGCGCUUCUUUUUCAUUCGGGUUACGUGCAGCGUCUGGCACGUCGCUGACGGUACAAAGUGCAACUGUUCGAGCGCAAGGAGACAAGCUUGUUGUUACUGGAGGUAGCCAGGGGACAACGACAGUUAUUUUCUCUGACUACGGAACCUGUGAUGUGCUCCGUGGACCUGCUGGAGAUUGCCAGCUGUGGGCUGACGAGAAUGAAGCUCGAAGCAGCUCGCUCGGCUGCUGCGAUACCAAGUUUCAAGCUUGCGCAGGCAGAAGUCAUAUACACCACAACUACCAAGAAAACUGUCCUCGUGGGUAGUUCGCCUGGAGUCGUCCGCCAAAACAGCGAUGACAAUAAACAUCGAACCCGACGCACCA